CUUCCGCCCGGAACCAAGAUGGCGGCGGGCGCUGUGGAGCUGCGGCGGCUGCAGUGGCGGCUGGAGGAGCUGGAGCAGCGCGUCGGCCUUGGCGUGGGAGGCUGCGGACCGCGAAAGGUGGCGGACGAGCUGGUGAAGGUGCAGGUGGCGCUGAACAAUAUCGCCGGCAAGAGGGAGAGGAUCAAAAUCCUGUUUAAGAAAAUUGAAGAUGUAAUAAAAUACCUUGACCCCCAGUACAUUGAUAGGAUGGCUGUUCCAGAUGCUGUGAAGCUGCAAUUCAUCUUGGCAGAGGAGCAGGCAAUUCCUGCCCGUGCAGCCCUUCUGCAGCAGGUGAAGAACCUCCAGCCCAUCCUGGACAGUACCAGUAUCCAAGCGGUUCCAGAGCAUGCAGCCAAACUGCAGCGGCUCUCACAGAUCCACAUACAGCAGCAGGAGAAGCGUCACGAUCUCACUGACAAUGUCAAGACACUCCUUGAGGACUACAACAAAAUGACCCUGCUUCUCUCCAAGCAGUUUGUGCAGUGGAAUGAAAUCCUCACACGACUGGAAGCAGCCAAGCAAGUGAAACCUGUGGCAGAAUGAUGGCAGAGCCAGGAGUGCAGACAGCCCGGGGCCCCUGUGGCACAGCUKGCCCCUUGUGUCCCGCUGGUCCUGGCUCCUUCCUGCUUGGCACGAGCAUGCUGGAGUGACAUGGUGGGAUCCCGGGGCAUCCGGCUCUGCACAGAGCUCUGCCAGCCCCCAGUCAAAGCCACACUGCUCCUUAAUCUGCCAUUGUUUGCAAAUCUUGCACUUCCCUGAAAYGCGUCUUGGUUCUAACAUAUUUAAAAACCUCUUUCUGCUAUCUCUGUGGGCCCAAGUAAAGUCCUGGAACACUGACUGGGUUGUCUGUCUCUUCCUGGUUG